UAAACCAUCAUUGUCAAUCAGUUUAACUAUGUAAUCUAUAUCAUCGUUACCCUUAUUAAACGAAGCUUGACAUUGACCAUACUCUUAGUACAUAUGACUCAAUUUAUGACUAAACCGGUUCUCGAUAACCGGUUAUAAGGGGUGAGUAGUUGGAUCCGGUUAGCAGAGGUAGGAGAGAAAGAAGAUAAUCGCCGUUGAUGACGUCACCGCCGGUAAUCAAAAUCGUCUUUUAACCGUAAUUUUCUCUUUUACUCUCUCUCUUUCUCUCUCUCUUCUCUACCCAAAAACAAUCCGAUCCAACACAAAUCACACAAAAAGAUCCUAAGCCUCAAUCCUCCACCGCGCACCUUAGCCUCCCCUCUCCGAGAUGGAGACGACGCCGGAGACUCACCCGAAGCCUCACAACCAGAGCAGAUCUAACCGUUUACCGGCGGGGAGAGAGGAUUGGUGGAGCGAGGACGCUACAGCGACGUUGAUCGAAGCUUGGGGAGAUCGUUACGUCAAUCUCAACCGUGGCAAUCUCAGACAAAACGAUUGGAAAGAAGUCGCCGACGCCGUUAACGCUAGCCACGGUAACGGCCGGCCUAAGACCGACGUGCAGUGCAAAAACCGGAUCGAUACGUUGAAGAAGAAGUACAAGACUGAGAAGGCGAAGCCUUCGUCGGCUUGGUGUUUCUUCGAUAGGCUCGAUUUCUUGAUCGGUCCGGUUGUUAAGAAACCUUCCGGCGGCGUUGUUAAGUCGGCGUUGAUGAACCCUAAUUUGAAUCCUGCUGGAUCUAAAUCGACGGGAAGCUCUCUUGAUGAUGACGACGACGAUGAUGAUGAUGAUGACGAUGAAGAUGAUGAUGAUGCGGGUGAUUGGGGUUUUGUGGUGAGGAAGCAUCGUAGAGUUGAAGAUGUAGAUCCGAGUGAAGGAUCGGCCUUUAGGGAGCUGGCGAGAUCGAUUCUUAAAUUAGGAGAAGCUUUUGAAAGAAUCGAAGGUAAGAAGCAGAGGAUGAUGAUUGAAUUGGAGAAGCAGAGAAUGGAAGUUGCAAAGGACCUUGAGUUACAACGAAUGAACAUGUUGAUAGAGAUGCAAUUGGAGCUUGAGAAGUCAAAACUUGGGAAACGAAGAGCUUGUUCAGGUAAGAAGUUGUAGGAUUAUAGAUUGUGGAGGAGUUACUUACUGUGGUGAGGCAAGGGAGCAAUGUUUGGAUCUAAAGCGCAUACGAAUUGGAGAAGAUGUUAUUAUUAUUGAUCUUUAGGUUUUCUUAAGUUAGAGUGAUGCUUUUUUUUUUGCUUUUUUCUCCCAUUUUCUUCUUUAGCAUUGUAGAGUACAUUGGUUGGUAGUAGCAAUGUGGAUUACCAAAAGAACUCUCGUAGUAUCUGACAUAUCAAGAUGUACUUUUGUGAAGUAUCAAUGUAUGAUGGUUUGUGUAUCA